UUAGGAGAAUUUACCGAAAGAAAUACUAAAUUAAUAGCAAUAAGUACUGAUUCGCAUUUUUCUCAUUUAGCUUGGAAAAAUACUCCAUAUAAUAAAGGAGGAGUCGGAAAUAUCCAAAUUCCUAUGGUGUCAGAUAUAAAAAAAGUUAUUUCUCGUAAUUAUAAUGUAUUACAUGAUGAAGCAAUACCAUUACGUGGUACUUUUAUUAUUGAUGAGAAAUUUAUAGUGCGCCAUUUGCUAGUUAAUGAUUUUCCAAUUGGUAGAAACGUUGAUGAGGUAAUAAGGAUUAUAGACGCUCUAUACUAUAAUGCAAAACAUGGGGAAGUAUGUCCAGCUGGGUGGAAUAAAGGGGAUGAAGCUAUUACUCCAUCUCACAAAGGGGUAGCAGAUUAUUUAGCUUCUAAUGCAGAAAAAUUUGUUAGUGGAGCAGAAUCAAUGAAAAAGUUACUUUAUACAUUAUAUUUUCUUGUACCAUUGUUAUUUUACAACAUUGUGUAUGCUAAAAUUGAUUCAGAUAGGGAAAACACAAAUGAUAUUAAGAAAGCAUUACAGAUCCAAGCUGGUGAAUUGCAGCAUGUCAAACAUGAAAAUGGUGAACUUCAUAAAAAAGUGCGCAAACAAAAACGGGAAAUAGAAGAAUUAUCUACUAGUGGUAAUGAUGAUAGUAGUUUGGAUAGUUUAGGUUCUUCAUCAAGUAGUAGGCAAAUAGAUGAUGGUAAUACUAAUGCUAUUUUACCGCAACAAUCUAUGGUAGUAGAUGCUAUUGGUAGCAAUAUAAUAGAGAAAGAUCCAAUACCUGCUGAACCCAAAACAAUGCUUAUUCAACAUCAUCAACCAGAAGAAGCAAUU